GUGUACCACCCACGUAAAAUGCACUUUCGUCUCUGCUGAAUUGCCUCUUCCUAAUAUGUUGCUCGCACGAAGGCUUCCCGGUCUCUUAUACACAUAUCGCUACACCGUGUACUCUAUCAUAAUCCUCCUCUGUACCUUCGUUAGUUUUUUGUUUAAGUGGAACAUACUGUGCUUGAACAUACAAGCAUGGCAGCACGUGAAAAAAAUGUGCAACCUCUACGAAGAAGGCCUGGCCAUAGGAUCCCUCUGCGCGCCCCUUUGCAUCACCAAGGACAUUCACUCCCUUACGUGCCACUCCUUCGAGGCGACAAAGGAGGCCGUGUUCAGCGCUGAAUGGCACAACAUCCGCCUGGUCUUCAAAUCGGUCCCUAAAGACCUCCAGGCCAUCCACUGGUUCGACAACAAGGUCAUCAAGUACCCCACCGAGAAGGAGUUCCUCACCACAAUCCGUACCAUAGUGAAGAACAAACUGAACCUGACUCUAGCUUAUGACACAGCCGUUAGGCUCUCCAGGCUGAAGCCUACAUACGAGGAGAAGAACAAAGAGAAGCGCCACAAGGAAAUGGACAACCUCUGGUUCCUAUUGCAAGACAAUGAAUACCUGGUGUCGACUUUAUUCACGGAUAAGGACGUUUUCCCUCAACUACUCGGGACUUGCGGGCCUUACUUCGCUGUCGAGUACUUGGAACCAGUGCCGGACAUAUCUUCAUUACUGACAAUAAGCGACAGUAGGGAGGAUUGGGGGAAAAGGCUCAAGGUAGCAGUCCAAGUCCUCGACCUGCUCGACGAGCUGGAGACGGGGUUUCGGGAACCGUUCCACCUGUGCGACAUAAAGAUACAACAUUUCGGCCUCGUGAAAGGCAGGAACAAACUGAAAUUCAUCGACCUCGACGGCGUUCUACCAAAGUCCGUGGUGAACACCAUCAUCCGGGAGGCGGAGUACUGCGAGCGCGACAACGAUUGCGACUUCUUCGACUGCAGGUCGAGGUGCAACCUGGAGGUCCGCAAAUGCACCAAUCCAGUCGCGAACAACAACCUGCAGAUCGUCUGCGAGAAGAUAUUUCUGGGUUGGAGGAUGUCGACCACUGUGAUAGUGCCUGGAUUGUUGAUGUCCCAACACACGCCCUCGGAGCUGGCGUCGAUCCUGAGGCAGUGCGCCAACCCGGAAGGGGAGGAGGGGAAGCCCAGGACGGCGCCGGAAGGGGAGGUGAAGAAGAGGCUGUACAACGUCCUGAGCGAGAUCGAACAAUCCGUCAAUAACGAUUUCUUUCUUUAGCGAAUAGGGUGCGCUUCUAGGCGAUUUACUUGUACAUAUUUGUUACUUUAAUAAAAGUUCUUAUACAGAAGUGCUGUUAAACCUCAGUCUAUUUAGAUAUAAAGUGUACAGUGUUAUGGGGAACGUCAGCAAAAGGCUGUCAUAGCAUCGCAACGGUCAUUUUCCUUUGCGGUUCAUCUUGCACAUAUUUGAGGAUAUGACCUUGACAACAUGCCCCUUAAAGCCAAGUAAACCGAUGGAACCAAAUAGGACUCUUUCUGUAUGGGUAAUAAGG